UGGAGGGGAGGGGGACAGAAAUACUGUGACAGGGUGGUGAAAGGCGCAUUCGCUCCGCGGACAGCACAUCAGCACCGAGCAACAGCAGCAGCAGCUGUUAGGACAGCUCCCGACUCUUCGUACGGACUUCAUCCCCACUAUCUGCUCAAUCGACGGGCCACCGGCCGGUUCCUGCUCCCCGCGUGGGUUUAUGUUUGAGGAAUCGCGCCACAGGAGGCGUUAAAGAGGCUUACUCCAGGUUAACAGAGGGCUCUGAGAUGUUGUGGCUGCUGCUCUGUCUGCUUCCUCCCGUGAGCUACGGCAGGAUCGUCGCCCAGAACACCGCUCACACCGAAAGACACAACCAUGAGGCGGCUGGUGGCACCACGACAAGGCCUCACAUCUACUUCUGCCGCUCGCCCAACAUGGAGGACUUCACCUGCUGGUGGCAUCCACUCAGCAACCUGACAGACGGAGAGGAAGUCACCCACAUCCUCACCUACUCCAAAGAGAAGGAAGCAAAACUGGAAUGUCCAGACUAUGUGACUGGCGGCCCCAACAGCUGCCACUUUGACAGCAGCCACACAUCUAUAUGGACGGUGUACUGUUUGACUGUGACUGCCAUAACCACCCACAGAAACUACACCUCCAAGCAGCACUGCCUGGAUGUGGCGGAAAUAGUUCAGACGGAAACACCAGUCAACCUGACCUACAACCUGACAGACGUCGGUGGUGAUGAAGUGGGCCACAAUGCGCUGAUCUCCUGGACCUACCCAGUGCCUGCCCAUGUGCAGUACGGUUGGAUCACGCUGGUCUAUGAGCUGCAGUACAGACGUAUUACCGAGCCAGACAACUGGAAGGUGAAGCAACCUCUACGUGAGCCUCAGGUGGAGCUUCUUGGACUCCCGGUGGAUGACUACGUGGUCCGAGUUCGUUGCCGUCCGCAGCACUCCAAGCUGUGGAGUGACUGGAGUGCCACGCUGUUGAUGAGCAUCCCCCCGAGGCCGUCUGCAGGUAAAUUGCUGGUGCUGAUUCUGGUGACUGGAGUCGGCGUUGUGGCUCUGCUUGUUAUCACCUUCAGUAUUGUUCUACAAAGCAAGAGAAUAAAAGAGUACUUCCUGCCACCCAUUCCAAAGCCACGGAUCAUCGGCAUUGACCCAUUGCUCCUGAAGAAGGGGAACUUGGACGAAAUCAACCGUCACUUCAGUAACUUCCACAGCUACAGGCCUCCAAGCUACUCUGAGGAAGUCUGGGACCACGUGAGCGCCGAUGACAUCUAUCUCACCACACCGAAGCACAGCAGCGACGCACACAACCCUACAGAAUCAGAGAGGGACACCUUAAUAGUUCCCUGCAACCCGGCACCCUCAGAAGCGUCCGCCCGCCAUCAGCUCACAGCUCUAAACCCAAACUCGUACGUGCAGAGUGUGCCACCUUACUGCUCUUUACCCACUGAAGCCUUCACCCCACCUCUGAGUAUUCCUUCCCCGUGGCCGAUGCCAGAGAUCGUAUCACUGCCUGGGACAGACUACAGCAUGAUGGAACAUCCCAGCCUUUCCAACACCAUCCCCACUCCAGACCUCACUUUCAGUACCAGCCCCUCACCGCAGGACUUCUACACCUGUGUCCAGCUCUUAAAUGAAAGUGGUGAGGUGCAUCUAGUGCCAUGCUUGCCGCCGCCAUACUGCAGGGAGUUCCCACCUCUCCCAAGGGCCAAUUUAGAUCCUGCAGAGAAGGAGGAGAAAAAGAAGGUAACCAACCACCAAACUAGGAAGAAUGAUGGUGGGAACUCUGAGAAGAGUGAGGCGGCUGUCCCUCUGCUGCCUGUUGCUGUUGACAACAGUGGCUGAGUCACAGGAAGGAGAUCCAUAAACUUUGAGAAAAUGCGUCUAACGCAGAGACUUUUAAAAUAUGCAAAGUAAAAUCUCCUGUAACCUGCUGGUUUGACUGGAAAGUGAUACUGUUCUGUUCCACACCAUUCAAGCUUCAAAGAAGAAGAGCACCUGGUUGACUUAACAACAGGAAGUAAACCUGCAGGCUCAAAGAGCCUUUUUUUUAGCUUGCUAAAAUCCUGAUCUAGUAUUGGAAACCAUUUAACAGACUAUGGACCAACAAUACUGAUGCAAUAAAGAACAUUAUGUUUCGAUGACCAACAUUUGGGCCCUCACAGUAUUGAAACUCAUAAUUUCAAAGACACUUGGCUAAAUUUUAAGCUUCACAUGCACUAUGCUAGAGCUAAAAUCAAAGAAAUCAAUAGUUAAGAGAAAAAAAAUCAAGACUAAAUUAAUACAUGCAAGCACGUCAUCCACAAAAGCUGGAUUUCCUGAUGAGAUUAACACUGAGCCCUAUUUAUGGGUAAUGGAGUUCAUCAAACUUGAGGAAGCGUAACUGUAAAUAAAAGAAUAUAAAUGUCACAUUACCACUCACUGCUUUUCCCCAAAGCUUCUCAUUCGGGGUUGUAUGUCUUCUCAGGAAAAAGUGCAAUCUGAUGUUGAAGGGUGUUUGAUUUACGGGGUAUGUUUAACUUUCAACCCACUGUUUUCUCUUUCAGUGUCAUUAAAGCAACAUCUGAUGCAUAUUACACAUAUAUGUUACAAAGCUGUAAAUAUCAAACUCUACCAGCUGGCAAUCUUCAUGUCCAGGAUAUCAACUUAUUCCAUUGUGUUGUACUUAAAUGUGCCAGCCUUGUAGGGGAAUAUUUGCAUCACACUCUGCAUCACUUUCAGAAUGUGAGUCUGGCACAUUUCAGUGGGUGUCCCAGUCUGGGGAGGAAAAAAAUAAAAAAUAAACAAAUAUAAAUAUAUAUAUAAAAGAAUUAAUAUAUAGAUAUAUAUAUAUAGCUAUAUAUAUAUAUAUGUGGGUGACGGAAAGGCUUGGCCCUGAAGUUAAACUAACACUGCUGGUACGACAUGAAGCUGGCUGCCGCGAAGAAGCUGGACGUGGCAGAUGAGAACACCUGUUUCUCUUCAGAGGAGGAACCUUUUACAUUUUCAGUCCAGAGUCCCAACAGAUUUAUUUAGAGAUUUAUUCCAGAAAUAAAAGGAAUCAAGGAAAAGUAACUCCACUCCCUCAGGAAGACAGAAACUGUGAAUUUCUUUUCAUUGUACUCAGUAUGUUUAACUUUGUGAGGUCUCAGUCAGGACCCUAUAUUUUGGAGAGAAGCAAAAGGCAUUCUGAUUGCUGUAACUUUUGGGAAUUGGGAUAAUAACAAAAUGACUUUGUAAUCACUAAGCAUCAGUAUAAUCACUGAGACCUCACAGGAUUAACAAACUUCUACCUCUGGCCACAUCUCUUUAGUUUCCAGAGAAUAUUCAAUAAGGUAAAGCCCUCCCCCUGUGGACUAUUACACAAUAAUAUAUAUUUUCAUAACAGAUGGUUUCAGUCAGGAUUAAAAAAUAACACUAUUACAAAAAGUGUUAUAUAUAUUUUUUGAAAUGAUGAAAGACCACCCUCAGGUAGCGUGUUCUUUAUUUUCUUGGAUAGAAGUGACAUAUUUUGGAAAUCAGAGCAAAGAGAAUCAGUGCAUGCAUUUAAAUUGCAGUAUUACAUUUUGUAUUUAGGCCAGUGAAUUCAAAGAGUAUUCACUGAGUCUGAGGACUCGUCAGGGGUUAAAUACAAAGAGUUGGUUGAAAAAGAAGGAUAUUUUUAAGAGCAAAUCCAAUCUGUCCAUCUGCUGCUGGCUGAUCUUUGGUGCAAGGUGAUCUUACUCUAUUUCCAGACUGUAAUGACAGCUAAAAUUAGAAAGCUGUUCUAGCACUAUUCUUCAGACCAAUGGGAUGAACAAUACCUGUAAUGUGUCUAAGACAUAAGGCCUCUUGAUGUACCAGUCUUACUUCUGAAUGUCCAAACACUUCCAUAAUUUAUAUCCUAGACACCCUGGGAAGGAUUUGACCAGUCAGUAUCCUGAAAUUCAAGCCCAACAAUAUCAUGAAAUUAUUUGGCUGUUUCAGAAUGUCUUAAAACUUUCCCAGCAUCAGAGUGCCAAACAUGCCACCAAAGAAAAGCCAGUAGCAUUUUACCAGCUGGACACACUGGGUGAUUUUUGAUUCCUUAAGCCUCAGAGAAAUGCUGUAACCACUGUGUUGAGGUGGGUUCUGUAGCUUACUAAUAAUUUCUACCUUGUUAUUGUCGAAAUGGCUGCCAUUGGUGUCCCACUAGCUGUUUCAGGACACAGAAAUACAUGAAAUGACCACGAAAUCACACUUUAGCAGUGGAAAGCAAUGAGUUCCUAUCCUGUUGCCAUGGUUACCAGAGAGUUUUACAUGUACUUACUGGUUAAUUCUAUUAAAAAGUCUUUUUCCAACAUGAUGAUGAUAUCUUGACAGACUUAAACUAAUAAAACAAUAAUUCUUCUUGUUUAAAAAUAAUGCUUAGAAGAGCCUUUAAAUGUGACCCCAAUGGGGUUUUUUUUAUAAGCAUCCACAUGUGAUGAGUCAGAAUUUACACCCACCGUAAUUAUUACUAUUUCUAUCAAACCACAGCCCUGAGAAUAAAAUCCUGGUUUUAUCUGUUGCUCCUUUUCCACAGAUAUGGUGCUGGUGCCUAAUCUAGACCUGUUUUUAUGCAUUUCCACCAAAAGGAGAACAGUUCCACCCAAUUGCUGAGCCCAUAGCUGGACCCCCUAAUGCCAGUGGCUCUGGGAGGGCUACCAUAAGAAAGGCAACAAUAAUUAACAGGUUCAGCCCACAGAAUUAUUUUUCUUCCAAUGGAAAGUACCCAAACUUCUGCUCAGUAUUACCCCAAUAAACUUAUAAAACUAUAAGUUCUCAAACUCUUGAAAAUGUGGGUUAGUUCUUAAAAGUCACUAUCACAGAACCUGCACCAGCACCAGAAGGUAGAAGGAGUUAAGUUUUGACAAAAAUGUAGUGUUUGACCUCCUGGGUAUAAGUACAGGGCUGAUUUCCUACAGUGAGGUCUGGCUGACUUAACCAUAACACUGACUGAGAAAGAAAACAAUAAUUACUGUCCAACAUGGGACAAAAACCCCGCUCUCCUCAUUGACAGUCUUGGGAGCUGCUCUACCACCUUACCCUUCUGAGGUGUUAUGUGACUUUUAUUCUACUGCUACCAUUAAUCACAUGAUGUUUGUAGUCAUGUCAUGUAUUUCUGCAAGACCAAGUUGAGCUAUGUAGAUAUGCCAUGUCAUCUGUGGUGGAUUCAUUGAGGAUAAAAAACUGACCCUGAUGGACGUGUUGGAAGUGGACCACUAUCUAUAAAACUCUUGUCAUUGUACACUGAUGUAAACACCGCUGCCCUGUUAGCUCUGACACUGAGAAGUGUGCCGUCACCGUGUUUUUUUUUUUCUUGUGGAUGUUGCAGUUAGACGUCGUGCUGUUACCUCUUCUUGUGCCUGUACGUGCCUUUUCUCACAGAGUACUAUUUGUUUGCUAUUCCUCUGUCGUGUUGAACUCUCAAGCAGCCAACGUGCCACUCCUACACACCUGGAAAUCUUUUAAUGUGAGCAAAAAUGGUUGAUGGGUGAACACCUACAGUGUCUGCACAUGUGUGCUGUGUGGAGCAUGUACAAAACCUGCUCAGUGUUAGUUACAGUUUCACCUUUCAUUGUGUCUAGACAAAAGCACUUUCGAUUACUCUUCAAUAAAAUAAAGAGUUUAAAAGCUUCUAA